AUGGUAAAAACUACAGAGGCAGUUGUAACAGAAAAGAGAACUGAUGCAGCCUUGAAAAAGAAGAAGCGUCCUUGGCGAGAUAAAGUGCGGAAGAAGGCUCGAAAGGAAGCGCAAAGAGCGAAUAGAGCUAUCACGGUUUUGGAUAAGGCUAUUCCGUCUCUAGUCGAAUCCAAGAAGAAGAAGAAGAAAAGGAAGAGAAAAAAGAAUGUGUCAGAUAACGAUGAACCUACAUCGAAGGCUGUGACGGAUUCGGCAAAAAAUGUGGUGCAAGAAGGGUACAAAAAACUUGAAUCCGGGCGUUUUAGAUUUUUGAAUGAACAACUGUAUACGAUGAGUGGUAGUGAGGCGCUGGAUUAUUUUCGAGAGGAUCCGGAUGCAUUUCGCUGCUAUCACAGCGGAUUUGCUGAGCAGGUCAAAAAGUGGCCGACUCAUCCACUAGAUGUGAUUAUAAGAUGGUUGAAGGUGCAACCAAAACAACGUGUUGUCCUUGAUCUUGGUUGUGGAGACGCGAAAAUCGCUGAUGCCGUGGGGGAAUUGCAUAAGGUCCAUUCUUACGAUCUGGUUGCUGUAAAUGAAAAAGUGACAGCAUGCGAUAUGGCUCAUUUACCACUGGAAGAUGCAUGCGCGGAUAUUGUUAUAUUUUGCCUUUCCCUGAUGGGUACCAACCUCGCAGAUUAUAUCAGGGAAGCUAGACGUGUUCUGAAGAUAGGUGGUGUAUUGAAAAUUGCGGAGGUUCUAAGCCGCUUUGUCAAUGUGAAAUUGUUCUGUGUGGCUGUAUGCAAACUGGGAUUUUCUCUCAUAGAGAAGAAACAACUGACCGACUACUUCACAUUACUUGAAUUCCAUAAGAUUGAAAAGGUGGAAAAUAAACGGCCAUUCGGACUCAAACUGAAGCCUUGCUUAUACAAAAAGCGAUAG